CCAGCAGCACCUGCGGUUUAUGUUAUCCGCACAGCGACGCAAUGUGUGCUCGCGGUCCGCGUCCCCGUGCGCGCCCCCGGCGUCCUGAUCCCGCCAGGUCUUUGGACGGGAGUAACCCCGGCGGGGGAGACCUUUACUCUUCUUCCAGCGGGGAAGACGACGACACCGCCUCCCCUUCCUCCUCACUCCUCCUUCUCCUCCAGCACCACCAGGGCAACAUGGCGGCGCACAGCAAGUCCAUUCCUCACAGCUGCUAUGAGAUCGGGCACACAUGGAGCCCGUCGUGCUUCACGUCCUACCUGCAGAUCACGCAGGGCGCCAUGGAGGAAUCCUUCAAGAUCUACGCGCCCCUCUAUCUGGUAGCUGCAAUCCUCCGAAGGAGAAAAUUAGAUUAUUACCUGCACAGACUACUGCCCGAACUCCUGAGGUCGACUUCCUUCUUAACUGCAAACGGAAGCCUGUAUAUUGCCUUUUUCUGUAUAAUAAGGAAGAUUCUGGGGAAAUUUUACUUCUGGACGCCGGGUUUUGGUGCCGCUUUGCCUGCUUCGUACGUUGCUAUACUGAUUGAAAGGAAGAGCAGGAGAGGAUUGCUGACAAUUUACAUGGCUAACCAGGCCUCCGAAACAUUGUUCCGCAUGGGCGUGACCAGAGGUUAUUUGAAGCCUAUUAGACAUGGAGAGGUCCUUUUGUUUUGCAUCACAGCUGCUCUCUACAUGUUCUUUUUCAGGUGCAAAGAUGGACUCCAAGGGUUUGCCUUUUCAGCACUGAAAUUCAUUGUGGGAAAGGAAGAAAUUCCAGCUCAUACACUGUUGCCUGAGACCUUGUAUGCCAAAGCCGGGAAGAAGACCAAGGAACGGACGGAAACAUCUCGACGGAUUAAUAUAUUUUCUCUAACAAAGAAACUUAUGGACUCAAUAUGCAAACAUGGGCCAAGGCACAGAUGUUGCAAGCACUACGAAGACAACUGUAUCUCUUACUGCAUUAAGGGAUUUAUACGAAUGUUCAGCGUGGGGUACUUGAUCCAGUGCUGCCUCCGCAUCCCGUCCACAUUCAGACAAGUGUUUACAAAACCCUCCCGCUUGAUCUCUCUGUUUUACAACAAAGAAAACUUCCAACUAGGGGCUUUUCUGGGGUCUUUCGUCAGUAUUUAUAAGGGUACGAGCUGUUUUUUGCGAUGGGUGCGUAACCUGGAUGACGAGCUUCACGCGCUUAUAGCUGGUUUUCUGGCUGGAAUUUCCAUGAUGUUUUACAAAAGCACCACAAUUUCCAUGUAUCUGGCAUCGAAAUUGGUGGAGACAAUGUAUUUCAAGGGAAUUGAAGCCGGGCGGUUUCCCUAUUUCCCUCAUGCGGACAGUGUGAUCUAUGCAGUGUCCACAGCAAUCUGUUUCCAUGCAGCUGUUUUGGAAGUUCAUAAUUUAAGACCGUCAUACUGGAAAUUUCUUCAGCGACUUACAAAGGGCAGGUUUGCUUUAAUGAACAGGAGAGCCUUGGAUGUCUUUGGUUCUGAAGCCUCUAAGAACUUCAACAACUUUGUACCUAAAUUGGACCCAAGAUUCACCAUCGUAAAACCAGAGUUACCGAUACAGUUCUCCUGAACUCUCGCUUUCUUCUCCCAUGACAAAAUGUGAAAAUCAAGAGUCUCAAAUUCAGAACAAAUUUCUGAGUAUAGACAUGGGAACUUGCUUCAGCUCAGUAUUAACUAAUUCUAGUUGACCAAUAUGAAGAUGAGUUAAUUCUUUUUGAACUCUUUGGUAGAUUUUCAAAUGAUCCUGGUAGAGAUUCAAACAAGACACCAAGGUGUCUCCAUUAUAUUGAAAAAAUGAUUUAAUUUUUUUUUUUAAUUUGUAUUGGGAUGAAAUUAUUAUAGCUUAUCAUUGAUUGUAUCUAACACCGAUUAAACGUCUCCUCGGCAUAAGAUAUUUAGCAGGCUUCUCGAUGAGGUGUAGGUAACCAGAGCCUAUAUGGUCACUUAACAAGUGAUGUGGACCAAUAUGGAUAUUUAAUACUAAGGAUGUAGUACUUUGUGUUCGUAUACUUUGUUUUACUAGGAGUCCAUGUUUUGGAGAGCGGUUGGUGCCUUCUGUAACAUUUAGUACAAAAUGUUGAAAUUCUCCUCAAAAAGUUUGAUUAAGAAUGUUUGUUUUGUUUUUUUUCCGCAACAAAUUGGAAAAGUCCUACUUUCCAUUGUUUCUCAAAAACUGGAGCAGAUGUCAUGACCUCUUUCCAUAAUAAUGAUGGUGUACCAGAAAGGCAAUCAAAAAUGGAAGAUGACUAUAUUUCUGGUAACAUUUAGACUUCAUUUAGAUUAACAUUGUCCAGGUGGUGCUUGAGUCGUCAACAUCGUUUUUUUAAAGGAAUGAAAUGCUUCUGUUUUAUUUGUCGAGAAUUUCCAUUGAAAUCCAUACAUGCUUUUUGCCUCCAGUGUGGUCUGCUGCUUCAGGAUAGCCUUCUCAACCUUCUUCUUGGUCAUCAUGCUCUUCACAUAUUGAGUAAAGGAGGAAGAAGCAAUACGAUCUGCUAGUAUGGUCCUCCUUCUUCACCAGAUGUUGGUGAGGAUGGACAGUGACAGCAGACAAACUUUAGGAAUUUUCCAAUAUUUUUUUCCCUGGAGUUGGUAGACAUAUGCUUCAAGGGACUGAUGUUCUUACACUUCUGUUUUUGACCUUGAAUCUAUUAUGGCACCUACCAACCCAGAAUAUAUUCCAUUCUGUUCUCUGUGAGGGAUAAUGAUUCUCUCAUAUAUAUUAAGAUGAUUGUUGAAUUAUUAUUUUGCAUCUAGUUUUAAGAACAAUGUGUUUCCCAUUUUAUUUUCAUGGCAAUCAUGGUAGUAAAUCCAUCAUCACUUUGAAUACUUUGAACUUCUUGCUUUAAUAUACUCAUAUUUAUUCCUGAGAGCUGUGGACACUGCCAUGGCUACCUAAGGUCUGGGAACCCUGUCUGUCUGUCUUGCUCUCUCGAGAUGUGGGAACUGUGGGUCACAUAGAUGACACUGUUGAAGGACCAUGUCAAGGUGCUACUGUAUGUAAAAAUGGUCACUAAUUUGACCAUAGAUGUUUGACAUAUAUUAUUAAAAUCCAGCAUGGCUCAUGAUGAGAGUCUUGAAGACAAAUGUGACCUCUGCACCAGCGCCUCUAUUAAAGAGGGUCACCAUUAGAUACUUAUAGUUAGAGGGGACAUCCCAUUAUUAUUAUAAAAAAUAAAAAUCAUACAUAAUCUAGUAAAUUACAACCUCUUUCUAACAAAGCUAGAACCCUGUACCUCACAUGGAUCCAGAGAUCUCCUCAUUCAUUGCUCCAAUUGUUCUGCUAGACUCAUGUCAAGCUGUCAGUUUAGGGGGGGUGUCCUUCCUCAGGACUGUGUCAUUUCUGCUGCAGCUGGUGGCAGUUGAAGGAAAGAACUGAGCAUGUGCUUCCGUCUCUGCGAGCAGGACAGAGAAAUUGGAAAAAGGGCAAACAGCAGGUGGCGCUAUACAGCUAGAUUUCACUGAAUAGCUCAGUAGCUAUAAUACAUUUUUAAUUGCAUGCAAGAACAAAAGUAUUCAGAUCCAGGUGUUGGUUUGAAAAACUGUAGAAUGUUAUGGGGACAACCCCUAAGUCAUCAAUUAGUGGAAGUUUGAUCUGUUGGGCUCCUUCACUGCAGUACUCAACAUAGCACCAUGUGACUGUGUUUGUUAUUGCAGCUCAACCUCAUUUAAAGGGACACUUGCAUCAGAAAGAGGUAUUUUUUUCACUCAAUAUUCAUAAAAACAUUUUUCAAAGAAUUUUUGGCUGUUUUUCUUUUUCAUUUCAGCAGUGCUAUGCCAAAUCAAAAUUGCAUACAAAAUCUUGGCCUUCAGUAGCUGUCAGCGCAGAAAGAGAAGUAAGCCAUUGUCCGUUUUACUGCUGCUGUGAGGGAAAUAUGUUAUCUGAAGGGUAAUCAUCAUGAUAUCAGUAGGUGUAGAAUUUUGAUAACAGUGUGCCAACUGUAUUGUACUCUUGAUAUGCCUAGAUAAAGAUGUCCACAGAAGAGUACUGCAGUGAUCAGUCUAAUGUGUGAUGCUGUUAUUGAGUCACUACAGGGGUGCUGCUCUGGCCGCACUGAUGGUCUGACUGAGAGAGUUAAGUGAGUCCAGUCAAAGGAGAAAGCAGAAGAGCAAGGAAAGGAUGUCGAAUACUUGGAGUGACUUUAAAAAUUAUAUCCAGAAAACCAUCCACCUGUUUUUUUUUUUGUUUUUUUUUUUGUUUUUUUUUUUAAAUGGCACACAAUAUUCACACAUGGGCUAUUAAUAAUUUAUGGAAGUGUCUCUUUAAGUGAAAGGAGGUGAGUGAGGCCACAGUUACAGUACCAGAUACAGAACAUACAUAACAGUUUAUCUGCCACCGGCUCUCACGGCAGAGCAUGUUUUAUACAAGCACUUAAACCAGUAGGGGGCAGCAUGCACAUGGACAAAAAAUACCAGUAGGCCACAAUCUUAGUGCUGUGGCUGUUGAGGAGGACCUUCAAAUAACAUGACACUGGUCCCAGCUGGUCAGUAGGUGCAGUGCAUCAUCUCAGGUCACACAUAACAGAAGCCAGUACAUAUUUUGCACAGUGAGUUAAAUAAGAAUUGUCCACUGGUUAUUUACAUGGACGUUUGAGGAUUUUUUUCUUUGAAUGUGUAUGCAGAGGAUGUGCCGCACAGCAUUGGGGAUAGCCCUAUGCAUCGGUUCUGGCUACAAACACGACCUUGUUGUUUGUCAAAAAUAUUCUAUUUACGUUCAUAUUCAUCACAUUAAACGGUAUAUUAAAAGUCACAUCAAAAAGUUUUUCUGUGAUGUAAAAGUUCAGUUUUCGUGAUGGAUGUCAUUAUGUACGUUGAAUUCAGGUUGUUUUUGAUAGGUUGACAUAAGGAGUGUUUCAUCAUUUAGUAGGUACUAAGUCUAAAAUAUCAUCUUGGCAGAUUUACUAACCCUUGUUAGAAGCUGUAAAAAUGGGCCACGUUGAUCACAUGGCUAGACACUCAUCUACCUAUCGGUUGGCUUUUUUUGUGCACGGUCACAGAUUCUAAAGAAGAUGUCCAACCCAUCAAAAUUUUUUAUUAAGGGGUGGGAAACCAUUUAAAAGAGAGAACGAAGAAAAAAAAUACCUUCCAUCCCCACUCCUUCUGAUCAUGUGUGAGGCCAGGGUAUAGCUGCAUCAGUCCAUGUGACCACAGAUGGGAUGUCACCACUAGUGUUGAGCGCGAAUAUAGUAUUCACGAAUAGUGUUGAUUAUUCUAAUCGCGAAUUUAUCGCGAAUAUAUUACAUUGCCGAUUUUCGUAAACAAUGACGAGAUCUCGAAUUUAUGGCGAAUAUUCGGCCAAAAAUUUGCAAAUAUCGUGAAUUCGAAUAUUGCCAGGGACCAAAAGGAGUGAAGACGGGAACCUUGGCGCUGGAAAGGAGCAGCAUUCUGUAGGUGUUUUUUAAUGAUUUUCUGUCCCUCACUAAAUGUUUUUGGAUGUCGGACGACCCCUUUUUCAUUCACACCUACUUUCUCAUUUAGCCCAUUUAAGUAAACCACUCCCACUCAUCUAGUGAAUUUGACAGUCCCCCCUCCCUCCCCCUUUUCCAAUUCUUGGAUGCCAUAAUAAAACCUUGGUAUAUGACAACCAAAAGCUGACAACUUAGCAAGUUCAUCAAAUUGUCAAGGCGUCUGUUGUGUGCGCCGUGACACGGUCCCAUGCAUGCUGUUGCCUGCGGCAACGUGUUGUUGUAG